UUCAUACACUGACUUAGAAAAGUAAUAUCGUGGCAGUCUUUUUCAAUUUAUUCUUUCAAAUACUUUUUUUCAUAAUAAAACUUACUUAAAUUAGAUUAAUGAUUGCCUGCCAAUAAUAAUUUCUGGUUGUACUUCUUGGAACUAUUUACUAAGUGCGCAUUUAUAUUGUUUACAACGAGUGUUGUGAGGUUCCAUAUUCUCUCACAAAAAAUGGGAAGCACGAAUAUUUGGAUAAAAUGAGAAUAACACAACAGUUGUUGCGGUCAAAGGCUGCUGGCCCACUGCAGACAGUUGAAUAUCUGGACCUGUCAAAUUUAGGAUUAGUGUCAUUAGAAAGGCUCAACUGCUGCCCAAAGUUACAGGCAUUAAAUCUGAGGGGAAACUCUAUUGUGGAAGUGUCAAAUCUUGAACUGAACAGAAAUCUCUGGAAGCUAGAUCUCAGCAACAACCAGAUUAAAGAUUUGGAUUGCUUGUCAAAGUUUAUUGCUCUGGGAACUUUGAACCUUGCUAACAAUGACCUCACAUGGCAUCAGAUUGGCAAGCUGCGUCAUCUUCACAUCCUGGAACUUAGUCUCCAUGGAAACAAACAAAUUGAGAAAGAUCCAUACUAUCGCAUUCAUGUGAUAGACUGUUUACCAAAUGUAUGGAUGUUAGAUGGUAGAAUAAUAACCUCGGCAGAGAGGUUACAAGUGAAGCAUUUCUUUGCUGACUCAGCAUUAACAGAACAUCCUAUAAGACGGAAAUUAUCGAAGGAAUGGUUUGUGCCUUCCAAUCUGAAGAAAAUAGAAGUAAAUGGUGUCUAUGGAGAAAAGGCAACACAUUUAAUGAUUAGAUUUCCGGCAAAUGGACCAUGCAAUGUUGAAUUGGAUCGGAGACGUCUGAAAUACCUCUCUUACAAUGCUCAAAGUGAUCUCAUAUUGGAAAAGAAAUAUACAAAAAGGGAGUUUUCAGUAUUAAAAUACAGGAAGACAUUUAUAGAAGAUAUCCUGGAUGCUCGGUACGGGGACAGAGAACGAUGUAACAUGUUACUCCUACUCCUUGUGGCCACACUUGAAUUUGUUAUGCCUACGCAUCUUGUAAAAGAAACCCUCGAAGUUGCCAAACUUAGCAAAAUAGGGAAAGUAUAUUCUAUGGAUCUGUUUUUACUGCCAAAAGAUAUCCGAUGUCAUAUUGUGUGUAUAUUACUGGGUGCUGUCAAAAUUGAUAAAGAUUCAAAAGAGGAUGGUGGAUUAUAUGACAAACUAUAUUUGUGUUUGUUCUACACAGUAGCAGAGCUAUCAAAACUUUCCAACUCUAUAUUUGGUAGAAACACAGCGCCAAAAUUAAAAAUGACAGAGUUGUACAGAGAUUACAAGUGUUUGCUGGCAUCAGAGAUAGUGCAGCUACUGUGUAUAGUGCCAGCAUUCUUUGAAUACAUUGACAAGGAUGUUGAUAUGCCUGGUGCAUCUGGUGUCGUGAAUCUAGUAGUCACUGCAACAGGUGACCAUAUGAUUAAAGAAAAAGUCAGCAGUUUGUCACAAACUAUUGAAAGCUCUGGGGGAGAUGUGAAGAAACUGUAUGAGGAACUGUCAGAUUUUUUACUUCAGAAGGUGCAGGAGCAGUCAUUAAAUCUGACAAAUAAAAGACAAACACUUUCUGCAGAGGACCAAGUCAUUACUGCAACCAAAUCCAUACCAAUGAAGAGUGCAAGGUCACCAGUAGAUGCAGCCGACUUCCAUGCUAAAGGUAUAACAAGUCCAAAUCUGGACCCACCAACAGUACUCAGUGCAAGAAGACAGGCUGAGAAAAACAGGAAACACUUCCCACGUCUUGGUGACUUUUUACUUCUUGGACCACAGACGCUUGGUAAAGUGAUAGGGUUACCACAGCCAUUUGUUGCUCAUGUUGCUAUGGAUUCAGUGCCAGUUGCUAAUGGUGCCAUGGAGAGUAAACUACGUGAAAGUGAAGAUCAUUACACAUAUGUGAACAUGGAUCAGUUUGACUUUGAUCUAGAACUGAACUUUUGGAAACCCCGAGGAUCUAUAGGGGACAACAUGCUUCAGGAAUUUCUAGCAUACAGUAAUGUUGCUUCAAGCAUUCGGAGGCGCUAUCCCAUAAUCCAACCUGUCACUAAGGGGCUGCUGUUUUCAUCAGUCCUGCCCCUCAUGGAACCUCGACAUUUUAUAUUUAGAUGCAAAUGGUUUACAAUACACACUAUAGAAGAUCUACGCAAGGAACUAAACAGACGUGCCAAUCUAGCCGCUGAUCAGGUGUUGCGGCCAAAUUCACCGGAAGAGACAUUACAUGGUCACACGAAUUAUCCCUUGACGACUCCGGGGAGAGAUACUUCUACCCCACUGAUUUUCUCACCUGGGGGACUGAACCCCAUGGCAGACGAAUACACCACCAAAAAAACAGCAUUCCAGCCAGUUGAAUUUACCCCUCGUCCCAUGACAUCUCUACUCAAGGAGAAGCUUGAUCUGAAAUUAGACCUAACCACAAGACGGAUACAGUCUGCAGGUCCUGUAGAGAGAUCAAGGUCCUCUCAUAGUCCCCACAGUCCAAGAAAUACACCCAACAGCAGUCCAGAAAAAUCUAAGGAUGUAGAUCAUGAUGUCCAUGGGGAAGAGUCAGCUGACUGUUUACAUUGUGCACUCGCAGCAUCUAUGGCACAGGAACCAGGCAGUGAAGAAGCUAAAACCCAGGAUUCUGGUCAUGAAUGUACCACUGGGACUGCUGAAAAGGAAAAACAAGAAAAUAGUGCCAAAAUUGAGGGAGCAGAUGCAGUAGUGGAGGACAACCAGAAACAACAGGAAAGUAUUGAGGCAAACAAGGAAAAUGAGAGGCCUGACACAUCUCGAACAGUGGCUGAUAGUUUAGUACAUUCAGACGAAGAACCAGAACUUCAGGGUUUGGCAACAUGUCGAACAGGAAGACCGGCAAGUGCACCAAAUGUUCCACCAGACACUGGUAGAAAAUCAGGGGAGACAACUGCAAGAAAAACUAACUCUAGCUUGAAAAUAAACAUUCCUCAGGUUGAGAUAAUGGAAGAAGACGACAAAAGUGCCAGAAAAGGAAGAGCACCUGUGAUUAAAGGGAGACAACCAUUUAUACCAACAAGAGCCCCUCUUAAAACAGGGAAAUUGAGUGUUCAGUCUAGGAACCGCCCAUUUAGUGCCAUGGAUGCAUAUCGCUACAUCGUUGAACAUCCACGUAAGAACACGAGUAGUGAUGUGUUUAACACAUCGUACCAGCAGCAACGUACAGAAGCUUGGAGACAGUCUGCUUUUACUUCUGCUUCUAAUCCUCAAACACCAAGACAGGGUACACCUCCUCCACAGCGACCAACAUCACCUGACCAGAAAUCCCGCCCUACCUCCUCCUUUUCUGUAAAGAAGGCAAAUGAUUGGCUCGGCGGAGGCCGUGACCUUUACUGGGAAUCUAUACAGAAGAGGCCAAGGUCAGGUCAUGUUCCAGGAUGGAAGGAAGGCCUGCCAGACAGUAUGAAGAGACCAAGAUCUGCUGUGGCUGCAAGGACACUAAACAGGCAGACAAGAAGAUCCCUCCCAGUCACUCCAUCAUCACUUGCACACGAGGCUAUGAUGCAAGGAAGUCGUGUUGGCUCACCACGCUGGUCACAUGACCCAACACAGCUACCAGACAUGAUGGAUCUGAGUGAAUACCACCCUUUGUACCAUCAACUGGGGCUCCCCCGGCGACUUGGUUCUUACGGAACGCACGAGCAACCGGCACAAGAUAUGGUGUAUAGGGAUGAUCAACUAGCAAAUGAUAGAACACAGAAAUGGGCCAAUCUUUUCAAUCUUAGAAUGGAACGAAAGUUUCGACUUCCUCCAAGCCCAAAAACCAUGAGUACUGUGAGUGCGCAUGGACCUGUAAACAUGGUCUGUAUUUACGAGGAUGAGGAGACAGGUACACAUACUACAGAGCAGGAUAAACUUAACACGGAGCCAGAGACACAUAUUACUACACAGAUAACACAUUCCAAAGACUAUAAUGUUGAUACAUGAUUUAAGAUGCAUUAUGUGCAAUUCUGAAUAAGUAAGACUAUUUGUAAAAAACACAAAGAAAGGCAUUGUAGUCAAAUGACUAAACAAGAAGGGGAGAUCAAUGGGAUAAUUUAUUUUAAAGUGGAUGUGCAUUAAUAUAUAGAGACAAACAUCAGUGAGUUUCAUGGUACAAAAGGCAGCUAUAUAAGCAGCCAUCUUGCUUUGUGUUUAACUUCCCUAAAUGUUGCUGAACACUUACAUUGGUUUUGUAUAAAACAGUUACCUUUCUUGUCUUAAUCUAGGACCCAAUAUUGAAUAUUUCACCAAAUGCCCAUUGAUAACAAGAUUAUCAUUAAACAUAAUUUAAAAGCAUAAGUAUUCAACAUUAACAUUUUAUUUAGACUAUAAAUCUUGGUUAGAAAAAUAUUAUUUUGACUAUGCUUUAGAGAAUUUUCUUUUAUUUCUUUAUUGUAAGGCUUCAAGUUAUCUUUGAUGUCAGUAAAACAUAGAAUUGCAUUAAGUUUGAUCACUUAACAUUUGUAUUUUAUUUUACUAGAAUAAUGGCAUAAGAUAGAUAAGAAAACUUGUAUACAAAAUGGUGAAACUUUAAGAUGGUAUUGUUUUAACCUUUACCCUGCUAAAUUUCUAAAAUAAAAUGGUCCAUCAUACAAUUUGGGAAAUGCCAUUUAUUAUUCGAAGGUGUGUUCACUGAAAAUUUACAGACUGAAUAGCGAUUAGUGCAGACCAUGAUCAGCCUGCAAGGAUAUGUAUGCUGAUCUUGGUCUACUCUGGUCACAAAGGCAUUACCACUUGCCGGCAGCAGGUUAAAUGUUAAAGAAACAACGUUUUUAUCUUAACACAUGUAUUGCCUUUUCUUAUAUUGCAUUUUUUAUUUUCUAAAACUGUACAAAGUUGGCUGUAUUACAGUAGUACUGGCUAGUCUUCUGGUGAUAGUUUCAUCAGACUUAAAGUUUCAUCAGACUUUGUGGCUUUAUUGUGCACAUGUAAAAUGCAUACUGUUAAGAGUUUAUGUUAUGUUUUACCCCAACCCUGCUCAUUUUAACAUACCUCAACACCUGUCUCUCUCCCAUUCUCUUGCCCACCCUUACCCACUGUGAAAAUUAAUAGGAUAUGAAAUAUACAAUUUAAAUUGAAAUACUGUCAUCAAGUACGUAUUUACACAUUUCUCCGCAUUUUGAGUAAAUGAUGUUUCAGUCCAAGACUGGAUAUGGCAUAUAUUUAGUUUUUCUGACUGCUGUAGCAGCUAGUGUUUACCAAAACUGUUCAUGUGUUGAAAUAAGACACAUUAAUUGAUACAGAAAAUAGAAUGUUUACGCAGUAUCAAACUUUACAUGCUUAUUUAUUCCUGAAAAAAUUAUGAACACUAAGUGUUACUAAAAUGUACUGUAAAAGUUGUAAGAAAUAUUUUGAUUUUACAUUUAAUAGUUUGGUUGAAGUUAGUGAUGUUGGUGUAGUGGAUGAUUGCUGUUUUUAUUUGACCCUAGCAGGUACAGAAAGUUAAAGGUCUUUCUUUUGUAGUGUAAGAUAGUAUGGCAUAGAAAUUCAGCCUUGUACCGGUAAAAUGUGUAAGCAUGCUUACUGAUUUGAAAAAGGUACAUUUUCUUUCAGUUUCCUUCUGGAAAGUCAACCAUAUCUAUGUAUCCAAAUACAUACAUGCCAUAAGUUUUCAGUACGUUUCCGGGAUUCUGAGUUAAAAUUUCCGGGAUUUUUACCUUUUGUCCGGGACAUACACUGUGACAUUGGUAUUCGUCUGUUUCAUGCAAAAAUAUCGCAAUAUACAUGUAGUUUCCCCGAGACAGACAUUGUUCACUGGCUUGUAUUUAAUUUGCGGCAAAUGUCGUCUAGCUUUCUAAGGGAGGUAAAUAUAUGUAUACGGGUAUACAUCUAUAGUUCGGCACUUGAAUUUAUUGCGUUCCCAAGGUGAACAGAAUUAGGAGACUUACUAUAUACGAAGAAUCAACCUGGUCAUCGUUAUUUAGAUUCUAGCUUAUUUGGUAUCUUUCUAAAGCUUAAACAUUUAUCUGAUAAUUAAACUGAAUCCUUAAAGGAAUAAAAUAAUCUUGUAGAUAAAAUCGACAAUAUAAAAUAUUUGGAGUCGGGUCAAUUUUCAUGGGUCGGUUCGGCAAAGGCAUUCAACAUUUUAAUUCAGAAUAUGUGUGACAAUCGAUCUAGAUCUUAAAUAAUUACAACCUUUUAAAAUAAUUAUCGUUUAAUUGACCGUUUUCAAUAAUCUCUUCCAUAAAGGCUACAUGUAGCUUUACCUCCAAAGUGCUAAAAACAAAGAGAAUUACGACUAUUGUUCCUAAUUUAACUAUCAUAAAACAGUUAUUGAUUGCAUAAUCCUGUCAGUUCUUAAUCAGGGUCAUUAUAAUAACUGACUGUAACUUAAUCAGUGUCAUCAAAAGAUCGUCGCGUGAUCAAAGCUGGCUUAAUCAACACGUGUCCCUCUCGAGGGCGUGAAACUGAUUAGAAAUAAACAAUAUGACACCGAGGACUGUUUACUGUGUAAAAUUUAACAACUUACAGACAAAAACAAGUUUUUGGGGGGAUUAUUUUUAUUUUUUCCAGUAUUUUUAUUUUUCCGGGACAUUUUAAGACUCUCCAGGACACCGGGACGAGUAUGUAAUUUUCAGGACAAUCUGGGACGUAUCACAUGUAUGCCAAAUAAAACUACCCGAAUAAUAGGUUCAUUUAGGGAAGUCAUGCUUCGUUUAGAACAGACAAAUUACCACCUUUAUACUCUUAUUUAUUAUGCAUUUUUAUGCUCCCCAAAGGGCGAACAUAUAGUUGCAGCUUUGUCUGUCCAUCCGUCUGUCACACUUUUGUCUGGAGUAUAACUUGAAAAGUAUUAAUGGCAUUUGAUUGAAACUUCAACAAAGUGCAGUGUCAAAGAAUCAUAACUCUACCUUACCUAGUUUUUGAAUUAUCUCCCUUUAUUAUACAAAGAAGGCUUGUCUGGAGUAUAACUUGAAAAGUAUUGACGGCAUUUCAUUGAAACUUCACAUAAUCAUAGAGGCCAUUGAGACAAAGUAUAGUGUCAAAGAAUCAUAACUCUACUUUACCUAGUUUUUGAAUUAUCUCCCUUUAUUAUACAAAAUAAGGCUUGUCGGAGCAUUACUUGAGAAGUAUUAAUGGCAUUUCAUUGAAACUUUACAAAACGAUAGAGGCCAUUGACGGGAAGUGCAGUGUCAAAGAAAGAACCAUAACUCUACCUAAACUAGUUUUUGAAUUAUCUCCCUUUAUUCAAUUUUUUUUUUUUAUUAUCACUAUUUAUUUUUGUUUCUAAUACAUUAUUUCCCAUAUUGGGACAAGCACAUGCAUCGGGGAGCAUCAUUCGGUUUUACCGAUUCCUUGUUCAUAAAUAUAUGCAUAAAGAAAAUCUUCCCAGAUGUAUAGGUGAGGCACUUUUAAAGUCAGUACUGGUAUGAUAAAGGAGUACAGGUACACUGGUCUGUGUACUGGUUUGGGUACAUGUAUGAGUAUGCGUAGUGGUAUGAGAUUCAACUGAUGUGUGUAUGUGUACUUGGUAAAUGUAUGAGUACAGGUACUGGUGUGUGUACAAGUAUGGGUAUUUGUUUGGGUAUAGGAACAGGUAUGUGUUUGUUUAUGAUUUUAUAAAUAUUUUAUGUGAGAGUUGAUGGAAUUCAGAACAUCGAAAUUUAAACAGAAUUUAGAUGUAAAUGAUGCUUCUGAAGAGGUUUUAGUAUUUAUAGUAAAAUAAUAGUUAUGUACUAGACAAAUUUUAGCAAACACUCUAGAGAGAUUUGCAACAAGUGUAAUUUCUGAAAGUUAAACCAAUUAGUUUUUACAUAGUGUAUUUUUUUAUUUGGUGAGGUCUUUGUAGAAUAUGUCAUUCUGUUUUAGCAGUCAUCGUUCAGUUUUGUGUAAUUGUGACAAGGAAUGUUUUCAUGUUAAAUGUUCUACACAAGAUUUAGUGAUAUUGAAUAGAUAUUUUUUGUGUUACUUUUUGUUUUUUAAUUAUAAAGCUGUGAUAUUUUUCUUUUAUACAGAGUAUUUUUUUUUCAUUACUGGUAUUUGAUGUUGCUUGUAUUUAUAUAUUAAAGUAAAGAAAUAAAAAUA